AUGGCGACGAGGAAGAAGGUUUUGCUCAAGGUCAACAAGAAGUUUAGUGCGAGCUACAAGGCGACUAUCGGUGCCGAUUUCCUGACGCGAGAGGUCCUUGUUGAUGAUCGCCAAGUCACAAUGCAGCUUUGGGAUACCGCGGGCCAGGAGCGAUUCCAGUCUCUAGGCGUUGCGUUUUACCGAGGUGCCGACUGCUGCGUCCUCGUCUUCGAUGUCAACAAUUCGAAGAGCUUUGAUGCCCUAGAUAGCUGGAGGGACGAGUUCCUCAUCCAAGCUUCACCUAGGGAUCCGGAUAACUUCCCAUUCGUCGUCCUCGGAAACAAGAUUGACGUUGAAGAGAGCAAGCGAGUAAUCUCUACGAAGCGCGCGAUGACCUUUUGCCAAUCCAAGGGUGGUAUCCCCUACUUCGAGACCAGCGCGAAGGAGGCCAUCAAUGUCGAGCAGGCGUUUGAAGUCAUCGCUCGUAACGCCCUCGCUCAGGAGGAAUCGGAAGAGUUUAGCGGAGACUUCCAGGACCCCAUCAACAUCCACAUCGAUCCCGACCGCGACGGGUGUGCCUGCUAA